CAAAACAGAUGAACAGUAACUUCACAUAGGGACAAUAAUGUAAUGGGGCUCAUCCUUUUUGUAGAAGAGUCGCACCAUCCGAUUGCUCUUUUCGUUUCGUUUUUUCAGAGGAAACUCUCGCUGUUUCCCAGAUGCCUCGUGCUUCGUCCAAGAAAGGCUCCUCCAGCUCCACCACUUCGGCAUCAACCAUGGAUCUCUUUCGCUCUGCUUCAGGUAAAGCAGCGAGUAAAGAGUUGGACCGAAUUGAUCAAUUGUUUUAUACAUAUGCUAAUAAUUUGUCUGGUUUAAUUGACCCCGAAGGAAUUGAGGCUCUAUGUUCGGACUUGGAAGUGAAACACACCGAUAUUCGCAUAUUAAUGCUGGCUUGGAAAAUGCAAUCAGAGAAACAAGGAUACUUUACUUUGGAUGAGUGGAGAAAAGGGCUAAAAUCAUUAAGAGCCGACACAUUGCAAAAAUUGAAGAAAGCUCUUCCGGAACUAGAGAAGGAAGUUAGAAGACCACCAAACUUCGUGGAUUUCUAUGCUUACGCAUUUCGGUAUUGCUUAACAGAGGAGAAACAGAAGAGUAUAGAUAUCGAAAGCAUCUGCGUACUGCUGGAUCUUGUGUUAGGCUCUCAAUUUCGGCUCCAAGUUGAUGAAUUCAUCCAGUAUUUAAAAAUCCAGAGCGAUUACAAGGUCAUCAAUAUGGAUCAAUGGAUGGGAUUUUACAGAUUUUGCUGCGAGAUAAGCUUUCCGGACUUGAGGAAUUAUGAUCCAGAGCUCGCUUGGCCUUUGGUCCUUGACAAUUUCGUCGACUGGAUGACAGAAAAGCACAGCUAGAUCAUAGUACCCUGGAUCUAUUAUGUUACAACGUGUUUGCUUUUGGUGUCUUUUUCGUCCCCAAAUAUGUUGGGAAUGAUGUUUCCUCUCAAAAAUAUGGAAGAAUGGACACCAAAAGCCCGGGCAUUGUACACAAACAAGUUAUGAUUCUGAUUGCCAACUUUAUUAUAUAAAAAAAAAUUGUAUGUGAACUAUAAGCUCUUGUUUACAAACUUCUCCUGUAUUAUUCACACCAUUAUUUUCAGUGAAAAUCCAUA